AUGGUCUGCUUAAUGACAUUCCUCCUCAAGAUGCAAGCUGAUAUCGAUCAUAAUUUAUACCUGGACAUGUUUUCCAAAUCAAUUCUUCUUCCGAAGACCAGGCCGGAGCAGUUUGUCAUCGACUUCUGCGGUGCAGGUCUAAGUUCCAUUUCAGCCUCGGAAUUCCGUGAUCAUUUGUUGCCGAACAUCAAGAAAUCACUGCUGCGGAGUCCUGAGGUGGCACUAUUCGGUAUUGUGAAAGCGAUUCAAUCUUCCAAACAUUCACUUGACGACUUUGUGAACGACCUACUGAAAGGACUAACGUCGUCUAUCACAUCAACAUCAGAAGAGAUGAGGAUGACAGCGAUAGCCGGUGUCGCGGCGUUAGCUACAAUGGCGGAAGCACCUACUGUGGAAAAGAUUGUCAACUAUCUUUUUGAGCAGCUCACUGCUGCCAAAUCUUCUGAACAACGUGUAUCAAUUCUGGACGGGGUGGCCAGUUGUGCAGAUGCGAAAAAUGCCAGUUCGUCAGCGCUCGAGAAAGUGGCAAAUGGUGUAAUCGCGAAGGCUACUACUCCUGACAAGGAAGGACAUGAGAAUGUCGUAGCUGCCCAAUGGAAUUCGGCCUUUGCCUGGGCGAAGUGGCUCAGUGGCAACUCUUCUGCUCUAGCCGCUGCGUUCAAGAGCGCACCACUGCUUCUAUCAGCUGUUCGUCAUAUUGGCUACCGAACGCUGGCUAAAAUCUUCUCAAGAUGUGAAAUGAAAGCACUGCCGGCAGAAUGCGAGAAGCAGCUAUGGCAAGAGUUCGACGCGGUUCACAAAGAACCUCUGCAGUUCAUUUCAUUAUCUCUUCUUCUUAUGAAGAGCUCUAAUGCUGGUACACCGAACCACAGUAAAGUCUGGGAGAAGGUCUCCGUCUAUGAUGGAGUUCUGAAGGACAGAGCUCUUUCCGCAAUGUCUACGGAUGAUGCUUUCGCAUGGGUUGAUCUCACUGAAAAAAUGAUUCUCGAAAGACCGAUCUCGAACACUCCUGGUUCCUAUCCUCCUAUGUGUCUGAAGUCAAUGACGAUUUUACUGUUCUGGCCCCACUGGCAAGUAAGAAAACGCUCAUCACUAGCGUUGGAACGAAUCCUCACUGUUGAAGAAUCUCAUUUCGCUGAAGCAUUAGCGGAUGUUAUAUUUACAGAGACCAUUAAUGGAUUUGUAGAUCAGACACUACGCAAAGUUAUGCAUUGUCAUCAAGACCCUUUGUCAUUUACAGUUCCCGGCGAGUGGUACGUGCAGGCUCUACGACUGCUACUUACACCAAAAGGACCAGAAAUUGAUAAGCUUGCCAUACACACUUUGUUGCUGGCUUCGGUCCAAAGACUAGUCGAAGUUGAUGGAUCGGUGUGGUUGAGAUGGAUGCGCGGCCAGGCUAGUACCGCCCAUUUAGAGAAUAGUGAUCUCUUCAAAGAAACAGCUAUUAAGCUAGUUCUUCGUUGCUCCGACCGAGGCGUCAGAGACAAUGCUCUUAUAACACUGGUGGCAUUAAAUUUCCCAUCUGUACGUGAAGCACUUUGGAGUCACAUAGAAAAGAGUAUAGCUGAACUUGACGUUUCCGAGUAUGUGCGGAUCCCUGAGAAACAUGUUCUGAUUUAUCAGUGUUCUGAAGGACAUCUCUACAAUACAGAAGUUCUAGAAUUUGACGAAGGCGAAAUAACCUAUAAUAUGCGCCGAGAAAAUAAAGCGUACAGCUUCCGUGAUCAAGUCGCGGAAAUGCAACUCCGAAGAGAACUUGCCGAGAAGAAAAGAAAGGAGGGUAAAUUGACGGCCGCUCAAAAGCAAGUGAUGGAGAAGGAACUAGCGAAAGAAAAGGAGAUAAGAGAUGAAAUGCGUCAAAUGUAUGUUGUUGCCGAAGCGAAGCUAGAUGAAGCUCGAGCUAUGGUGGCUGCUGAUCAUGCUGGAGCUAUGAGCAGGACAAAUCUACUUUUCGACUAUUGCAUUCCACUAACUCGAAGCUAUCUUGUUAGCAAAAACGCUGCGGAGUUAUUCUUUGCUUACCGAGAUGUUGCUUUUCCUCACACUGAGGAUUAUUUGGACGAGUUGCUGGGCAGUACUAUUUUGCGAGUGAUUGGCGCUCAUUGGCAUGUGACGAACUGGCACGAUGAACCGCUGAAUGCGGCUCUGCAGCGAAGAGUUGCCGACACAGCUGUUCCCGAACUGUAUCAGCUGUGCGGAUCCGUCACUAUUAUGCUGCGUGGGAACGAUAGACCAAUGAUUGGAUAUUGGAGAAAGAAGGGCUUUCGACAAUUGCCGAUUUCGAAGCUUCGAAAGUUGAUUCGUGAUGAUGCUCAAGCUAACCGCUUGAAGGAAGGGAUCACAGAAGUGUGUAAGGAUCCUUCAUCUGCCAAGAAGAUGGUCUGCUUAAUGACAUUCCUCCUCAAGAUGCAAGCUGAUAUCGAUCAUAAUUUAUACCUGGACAUGUUUUCCAAAUCAAUUCUUCUUCCGAAGACCAGGCCGGAGCAGUUUGUCAUCGACUUCUGCGGUGCAGGUCUAAGUUCCAUUUCAGCCUCGGAAUUCCGUGAUCAUUUGUUGCCAAACAUCAAGAAAUCACUGCUGCGGAGUCCUGAGGUGGCACUAUUCGGUAUUGUGAAAGCGAUUCAAUCUUCCAAACAUUCGCUUGACGACUUUGUGAACGACCUACUGAAAGGACUAACGUCCUCUAUCACAUCAACAUCAGAAGAGAUGAGGAUGACAGCGAUAGCCGGUGUCGCGGCGUUAGCUACAAUGGCGGAAGCGCCUACUGUGGAAAAGAUUGUCAACUAUCUUUUUGAGCAGCUCACUGACGAGUUGCUGGGCAGUACUAUUUUGCGAGUGAUUGGCGCUCAUUGGCAUGUGACGAACUGGCACGAUGAACCGCUGAAUGCGGCUCUGCAGCGAAGUCUUCAGCUGCUGAACGAGCGUGCUUUUGUUGUGGAGACUGGCGAUGAAGAUGAUACGUUUGUCUUCGAAGACAUUGUCGGUGCUACACAAUUGACUGUGCUUUAUCCGAUGAUACGUGAGCUUCUUUCACCAUCUAGCCACUUCGGAGAUGAUAUUAGAGAAGCUACCCUGACCCUCUUGCAAAAUGCUAUUCAUCGACGUUUCCUGAAGGAUAAUGCUGUGCUGCAAUUACCAAUGAACGAAUACGCAACACUGUUGCUGUCGGAGUAUGCGAGGAAUUUGUCUUCCCAUUCGCGUCAGGCACUCGUGCAACUUGUGAGCCUUGCAAAUGAGACGGAAGACACUGGGCCACGUGUAGUCAGCCUGGCUAGAAGUACCCUGAACUAUCUUGACAAUGAUAGCUGUGACCUCAGAGAGAAUGUUAUCAAGGUGUUGUCAGCGCCACAGCUGUUAACUCGCCUCGUUUUGUCGUCGGACGACAGUCCACCCGCUUUGAUCCAGUUGAAGCUGUGGCCGAGCAGGCCUCUCAGUUGUGACGAGUGUGUCUCUGAGGUUGCGUUUGUCCGAGACUCUGCCGCAGGCGCUACGGCAGCAUUUGUUCAAGAGUUCCCAGAUAAGGUGCCGACGCUCCUUGACAAACUUGACGAGGUGUACACUGAUUUGGCCAGAAUCCGUCCCCCAGUUUUCGAUGAGGUUGGUCGAAUGGUAUCAGAUAGUGUGGAUGAAUGGGCCAGACGCAGCGGUGUCGGUCGCGUUCUGGGACGUUUAGCUGAUCACGUGGAAUCCAAGGAUGCAAUGCAAUUCAUCAAAUUGGUCGUUCCGCAAGGACUUGCAGACCGCCAUCCUGAUUGUAGAAACGGCAUGCGAGAUGCGGCCGUUGAAGUGAUUCGAAAGCACGGUCGUGCUGUCAUGAAUGAUUUGCUGCCUUUCCUAGAGCAUCUGUCGGACACUACACCAAGUGGGGGAGAGCACGACAAUUUAAGGCAAGGAUUGGUGGUACUUCUCGGAAGUCUGGCUCAAUAUCUCGACCCGUCCUCAGAUAAAGUCCGUGAUAUCGUUGCUCGACUGAUGGAAGCUCUGUCGACUCCAAGCCAACCGGUUCAAGAAUCGGUGUCCCGAUGUCUUUCCCCUUUGGUUCCAGCAAUUCGAGAUACGGUAAAGACACUGAUUCAAAAGCUACAAUGGCUUUUGUUUGAAGCCGACUCUUAUGGUGAACGUCGUGGUGCUGCAUACGGCAUAGCUGGUAUUGUCAAGGGAAUGGGUGUCUCCUCACUUAAGGAACUGGAUCUUCUACCAGCUAUUCAAAAAGCACUCUUAGAGAAAAAGAAUGCCAAACAUCGCGAGGGUGGCUUGCUAGCGUUGGAAAUUCUGUGCAGUACUGUUGGUAAACUUUUUGAGCCAUACAUGAUUCAAGCGUUGCCGUCACUGCUGCUUUGUUUCGGUGAUAGCGAUGAGAAUGUCCGCAAAGCGGCUGAGGAUACUGCUGUGGCCAUGAUGUCAUCAAUGUCACCCCAUGGAACGAAAGCUGGUUCUUCCAUCACUACUGACAGCACUUGA